AUGCCUUACGCCGCACCAUCAACCAAGCUCGAAGCAGUCCUUUCCGCAAUGCGGGCAGAAGAUCAUACGCAAGCGGCCACGGCCACGAAGCAAAGAAGAGCUCAGAUCUACCAUGCUGAUGAGAAGCCGGAGGACGAUUCUAAGGAAGAUUCGGGAGCUGAGGCCAAGGAUGAUUCCAAGGACGACAGCGACGACAAGGCCGAAUCCAAGGAUGAUGGCGGCGACGAGAAACCAGAGAAGGACACCAAGAAGGACGACAACAAGGACGAGAAGGGCGACGAUGACACACCGAGCGACGAUAGCGCAGAUGGUGUGCCGAACCAUUCAAACUCACAGUAUUUCCGCAACCCUAACAUGAAACCAGGCGAAGGGAAGCAGAACAGGCCGCCGACGGAGAAGAAGGGAGAGAAGGACGCUGCGAGCAACUUUUCAGGCGCCAAACAUCCAGCAAUCAACGACCCAUCGAGGAGCAAGAAAUCCCAUGGCCCAAUGGAGACAGCAAAGAUUCACGGUACAGUCAAGCCGACAUAUGCUGACGACAACUUUGGACAAAACUCUGAGGACUCACAUCCUGAGGAGACGAAAAACUCGAAGAACGAGAGGCAGGAAUGA